AUGACACCCUCUCAAACAAGGGAUUUAUCUCCUCUCAAUAACACUUCCUCCACAAGAGCACCUGGCUCCUUGACAGUCGCAUCACACCAUACAGCAGCCCAAUCACACACACCAGACACACAGUCAGUUGACAUGGUGCAGGUGGCAGCUCACAUGCUCAAGGAUCUGAUCCCCAAUCUCUCGCAAGAUGGUGAUAGGCGCUCGAAGGCAAGCAUCUCUUGGCUCUUGAAGGAUAUGCAUAAUGGCAAAUUUGCUGAAGGCUGCAAGAUUAGCUUCAAGAAUGGCAAGCAGUUACUCUCGUGUCUUGAUAAAGUGGCCAAUGGGUAUGAAAAAGCUCUACUGAUCAAUGACAGUUCAAGCGCGAAAACUUUGAGUUUUCGUUUAGGAGGUCUAAUGGAACAAGAGCAAUGGACCUGGUUUGGACCCCAAAAGUACCUAUGCAUUCCAGGAAAGCAGCCAGAGUGUGUGAACGAUGAGCCGUUGAGUGGAGAUGCUGCUUGGGAAAUUGAGUCUGACGUUGCGCAGUUCGCAUCCCUCUCAGUCUGGCCGGUUCUGACACGACUUGCCAGUCUCCCCAAACAUCUCAGCAACAAAAACAGCACCUAUGCUGGGAAUACAAUGAUUGGAUUCUUACCAAAGAUCAAAGCACCAGAAGGUGAAACCCACAAUCCAAACUGGCCAGGAUUCGUUCAAACAGUCCUUCACAAAACUUUGAAGAGAAUCCUCAAACCUUUUCAACGCACAUCAAAGGACGGGUACUCUGUGGACUGUGCGGAUGGCAUACGACAGGAUAUAGUGCCAAUCUUCUUGAUAAUUACUCAAGAUUUAGAGGAGCAGAAUAGCAAGAUGAACUGGGAGUUUGACUUCGAUCAAUACCGAAAGCUCAUUCACUAG